GAGCGUCCAGCCAGCAACGCUUGGAAACGCCAAACUGUCAAGCAAUGCAUUCGGACGCUGUAUUUGAGUACAAAUUCAUUGUUCCAAUGAUGUUCGCAAAAGAGGAUUAUUCUGGUCGUAGAAGUGCAGAGAAGAUGUAUGGACUUUCAAAGUUCAUUAGACUCUGGAGCAUUCUUCAAGAAAUUUUUGAUAUGAUUGGAUAUUAUUCUCUGUUGUGAAGAAUUACAUUAAGUUAAGAAAUAACUUACUGAAUACUUCAUUCAAUGGGUAGAUCUACAUCGUGUCAGAGAAAUCUAGAUGAAUUGCCAUGAAUUUUAAUACCCAGUCUUGAACCUGUUGUUAAAAUGAGUAGGAUUGAAGACAUCUAGGUUGCAAUAUUUUGAACAAGAUCAAAGAAACGUGACUGCAUGGAUUGAAUUCACAGAUGAGUAUGAAUGAAAAAAUGUUCCACCAAAAAUCAUUGAUUUCGAUCAGAAAUCAAAAUGAAGAUUAAAUGAAUAGUACAUAUUUCUAUUCAUAGCUGUGGAAUUCCUUCUUUGGGUUCUUGAAAAUGGAGAUAUAUGAAGUUAUGAAAAAUAAUUAAGAACACAUUUAUACCUAGUUACAAUUGAUAAGGACCUACAAAAUGUUCAACAAAUGGAAUAAAAAGUAUGUGAAUAAAAUGUUGGAAUCAGAUCUAUUCUGGGAAAUUGGAAAUGAAUUAUUUAGUCUUUUACACAUCCAGUAUGCAGCAAUGGAUUGGGCUCAUGAUUUUUGAUAUGGAUAGAAUAUUCUCAAUAGCAUAUAUCCUUUAAACUGGAAUCCAAAUGUUAAUUGAUUUUCAUUACUUGCUAAUAUUCCCCUCGUAAUUCCAUAUCGAUUUUUACGUUGAAACUUUUUGAGCGUCCUCCCCUUUGUCGUAUAAUGGAAUCGUCCGAUUUAUCCAUUACGAAAUAUUUUAUUGGCAUGUCGCACAAAAAUGUUUCUAUUAAUAAACUAUUGCCUGAAAGUUUAAUCGCAAAAAUUCAACCGAAUUUUUUUCUUUACCGGUAUUUUAAUUGUAUCAUUUGUCUAACGAAAUAUUCCAAUCUGCCGACAAGCUGCCAUGAUGGAUCGGAUAAUACCGACCGGCAAAAUGAAAUUGAACAACUUUGCAUCGUUCGAUUGAAGUGUCGACUAACUUGGCUUGUUUGUGUAAUGUACCAAAAAAAUCCUCAUUUUUUCUAUAAGAAUUUGUUCACAUCUAAUUUCCGUUUACUCUCAAAGUUUAACAGAAAAUAUAGGUUAAAUUAAAAGUCAACGGCCAACCAUGUGCAAGGUUAUAGAGAACCCGCUGUGGAAGUUUUUUACCGUUCACAUGUCGGCCAAUAGCGCGAAGGCGGGAAGCACACGUGACUUGCGCUAUCCAAUCAAGAGCGCGCUAUUUGAAUUCCCUCUUCGUUCUUUGUGGUUAACUGCGAGUUUGUGUACAUUCGUAGGGUGUUGUGUGCUGUCAGUGUCGAAUUUUAUAUUAAUGCACAAUUUUCGUGGAAAUACGACUGGACAUUAAUUAUUGACAGUAGAUAAUUAGUUGAAAAAAAAUACAAUGUCGACAAUGGAUCUUUAUUGGAGUGCAACAGAUUCAAUUUCCUUUCAAGAUAUGUUAGACAUUGAUAUUAAAUCUGAAAUAGAAACUUUGGUCGGAGGACAUAGCGAUUUUCCAAGUUUCAAUUUCUCUGAUUUACCUCCGCUAGAAUUCGAGGAAGUGCAAGACAUAAAAUGGUUUUCAUCCAGUUCAGACCUCUCUAAUUCAAGCCUCAACUUGGACUUCAGUUGUGAUGACAGAACCACAAUGGUGAAUCCUAAUGCUGUGAUGCCCCUUGUUAGUCUUUCACAGAAUGUUAGAUCUCCUUCACCCUCCCUGAAAGAGAGUCACUUGACAUUUUCACCAUCAAUAUUGAAAAUAUCAGCCAUUAAACAAGAAGCUACUACUGUUGUUAAGAAAGAUUUGAUCAGAAGUUUGAAUGAUGUAGAGGAAAAACCAAUACUGAAAACUAUAACCAAAGUUACUCCUAUUCUUGCAAAGCCAGCAAUAAAACCAGUAACUAAAACUCCUACAGUGUUGACAUUCAGGAAUACUGUUACUAAACCAAUUAACAUCACCCAAGUAAAUAAUAUAACUACAGUGAGAACAGUAGUUCCUGCUCACACAAACAAAAAAAAUUUCAACAAUAAUAAUAGGAUUAUUAUUGAUGAUGAUGAAAGAGCAUACCCUAAGCCAGCAUACAGUUAUAGUUGUUUGAUAGCUAUGGCUUUGAAAAAUAGUCAUAGUGGAAGCUUACCUGUCUCAGAAAUAUAUAACUUUAUGUGUAAGCAUUUCCCAUAUUUCAAAACUGCCCCUAGUGGAUGGAAAAACUCUGUUAGGCAUAAUUUAUCCCUAAAUAAAUGUUUUGAGAAAAUCGAAAAGCCUGCACUUAAUGGGGCUCAGAGAAAAGGAUGUUUAUGGGCUAUGAAUCCUGCUAAAAUCAGUAAAAUGGAUGAGGAAGUACAGAAGUGGUCUAAGAAAGACCCCACAGCUAUCAAAAAGGCUAUGGUAUAUCCAGAACAUUUGGAAGCCCUAGAGAGAGGGGAAAUGAAAUUCUCAUGCAGCUAUGAUGAAAGUGAUACCUAUGUUGACUCUUGCGGAAGUGCUGAAAGUGAACAGUCAGACUCUGAACAAGAAGUAGAAGCAGAAGUGGAUAAUAAUAUCAAUGCUGAAUAUGAAUAUGUAGAUAUACAAGUCAAAAAUGAAGAAGAUGAUGAAUAUGACAUUCAGGUAGCUGAAGAUGGAUUCGAAGAUAUGGAAGAUCAUCACGAGAUGCUUCGAGUGGAAGUGGCGCUGGCACAAAAAGAGCUCCUAGAAUAUGAAAGAACAAUGAACAACAAACGAAGAAAGACCUACAUCAUACAAAAUUGAAUCAAUGUAAGUAGAGUUGGCAAUCAAGAUGCCCAUUUCCGAGUCACAUGACACCUCUAUUGAAAAGUGAAGCUGUGUAACAUUGGUGAUACUUGUACAUAAUUGUAUUUUCUCUCCUGCCCAUGUAUCUCAUAAUAAUAUAGUAUUAGGUCAGAGUUAGGUAAAGACUGUUUUUUUUUUAUGAAAUGAUCGUAUUUGCUGGUAAAAUCUUAUGAAAGUUAACAAUUGCCAGCCGUGCAAUAUUUUUUGAACAGUUGUCCAAUUUAAUGGGGAUUCCAAGAAAUUUGAAAACUGUUUGAAUUAAAUUUUUAUCAUCCCGUUUUUGUGGGUAACAUCAGUUUACAGAUUCUUCUGUUGAAUACAAUUAAAAGUGAUUUAGAAAUUUCUCACUGUUUUAUUUCUAAGAAAGAUAUAACUGAAUGAGAAAAAAAUUUGUCCAGAAAUGUUCCUUAUUUUUCAUUUAUAUUUUUUUUUAGCACGAAUUUUAAUGUAUGUAUUUAUUUUUAUAUUCAAUCUAUAUAUUGUUUUUCAUUCCAUACAGAAAGUUUAUUUAAAUUCCAAUUCAAUUAUCUAGGUCUCAAUCGGGAUAUUCAUGCAGCUGUAAAUGAACUAGUUGAUAUUUAAAAUCAAUAUACCAGUGACUCUUACAUGAAUGAGUAAAAAAAAUCUGAAUCAUUCAUACUUUUUCUUGUGAUUAUCUCAGGUGCUAGGCAUUUGAUGAUAAGUGAAAUACUGAAUUAGGGUUAAGCUUUUGAAUUUGAAUAGGGCUACAUCUAAAUCAUCACUAUUGAAUUUUUAGCAGUAGUUUUGAUCCAAAGAUUUUAUGGUUAUAUAAACAAAUAAUUGACACAAUUAUUAUUUUAAAUUAAAAUUUUUUCAUAGUGUUAUUAAUGAUUAAUACAUACUCUGCUGUAUUAAAAAAAAAUAACAUUGUACUGUGUCGCCACAAACAGCUGGGGAUAAAAAAUAAAUGAUAUAUCAGAUGAAAAACUUAUUAAAUUUGCCAUCUAAUUGAAAAAGUUUUGCUGAAAAUCAUACUGAGAUGAUAAAUUUUCAAUUUUUAUUAUAAAUCAUAAUAUUUAUGAUUCAAUAUUAUUUGAGAUGGUAAAACAUGGUGAGUGAAAAAGUUGUUUUCUUCCACUGGCCACUUAAAAUAUAAGACCAAACAGUUUUAUUUUAUUUUUGGUGAAAAUUAGCAAACAUUUUGAUGAUAUAACAAACAGAACCAUAAAAUGUAGUCUUCUUUAAUAUUCACUGUUUUUCCCGAACAUUCCACGUUUAGGAUUGGUCAGGCUAGCUGACAGUUUUGAGCUGCAAUUUAGAUUAUGAAUUGCAUAUUGCAUUGAUUUUGACUAACAUAUACACAUUUAUAUUCUAUUUUUCUUUUAAAUCCGCGAAAUUUAGAGUACUCAACAGAAGAAUUUUUUGUACUAUCAGGCAGAAAUGAAAUUGGACCAUUCAAAAAUUUAGAAUAGAUAUUGUAUUGGGACAAUCUCAUGUAGAACAUCAUUAUUUUUGUUCCAAAAUAAAUAAUACAUUCUGAAACUAUGGAAUACAUUUUUGAAAAUGGUGUAUGAAUUUUCUGAUUAUCAAGAUGAUGUUUCUUCCAUUAGAGUGUAUUUUUGUAUUCAAACCUUAUAGCUGAAGUAAUAUUGGAAAAUUUCUAUACCUCUAACAAAAUUAUACCGAGAGCAAUAAUAAAUUUUUCCAAAAUGUAUUUUAUAUUCAGGAAAUAAAAUACUUUGUGUUUUACAUCCGGGGUUUUAAUUUCUGAUGGUUCAUUGUAUUUUAUGAAAUUUUAGUGUGAAAAAUGUUUUAUCUUCCAUUUUAAUUUCUAUCUUUGUUUUCCUCUACUAGAGAAUAUUUUUGCUGUCUACUUUUUGAAUGAAUUCUUUUUAUAUUUUCUGCAAGGUACUUAUCAUAUUGUGAUAAACCUAUUCUUCUUCCACUAUGAAUUUGGUAUAUUAAGUUCGUUCAAUCAGAAAUUGUUUCUGAUGUAUGUAUUAAAUUAUACUUGUGUACUUUUAAGGUUUUCCGUGAUAUAUUCAUGAAUAUCUAUAGACCAUAUUGGUUUCUAAUGGGGUAUUUCUGAGGGAAAGUGGAAAUUGUUCUGAUUCACUUUCAGAUUAAGAAAUACCUUCUAUUACUUUUCUUGUAGAAAUUAUAUUUUUGAUAUGUUUCUUGAAGAAUGAAUUUAUUUUGAAAUUCCCAUUUUGUAUGAUUUUCACAUUUUUCUACAAAAUGGGUUUUCAAUAGUGUCAAUUGUGUAAAAUAAUUUUAUAAUUUUAUAUUAACAUAUUGUAGAAUUCAUGUACAAAUUUUGUUAGUUUGUAAGGAAUUAACAUAAUGAUAAAAACAAAAUAAAAAGCCGUGAUUUUCAA